CACCUAUAGUAAAAGGCCUGAGCGCUGAAUUCUUAUCAGCUCUGACGUCACCACAAGUAGAUGACUCGAUUGUGUUUACCAUUUGAAUUUUAACGUAUGUUUAAAUGGCGAAUUCGUGAAAUUGAGUAAAACUUUCGUUAAAAAAGUUAUUUAAAUUAUGAAAUUCAAUUAUUAUUUGUCAUAAAAUGUGUUCUAGUAAUGUAGUACUGAUGUUUUCAAUCACAGAUGGUGUUGGUUUAUUUGAUUUGUGUACAAAAAUGAAUUUUUUGCGACUCAUUCGUGUUGUGUAAUUUGAAUGAAUAGUGAUGUAAACUGUAGAUUAAAAUGAAAAUUAAUGUGUACUAGUGUGUUGUACCGGAAUGAUGUUGUAAUGAAAUAAGUAGUUAGUGAACAAUGCAAUCGCAUCAAGUUGGAGAAAAAUCUACAAUACAUUUUAAUUUUCAAAUCUACUUCUUAGACCAGCCAUGCUAAAGCUGCUAUGAUGGAUAAUGGAUAUUAAACAAGAAAUCAUCAGUAUCUCAAACCAAUUGAAGCAGCUUUAAAUUCCAAUCCAAAAUACUUAGGAUGGAUUUCAACAGGCAUAAAUACUAUGUUUGCAAAGAAUUUCGAAUUUUCGAGAGAAAUCUCCGUCAUGUAUGCAAUGUUUGGUGAUCGUUUUGUAUACCUUAGUCUUUGAGUUGGAGAUUAUGUUCGCGUAUAUUCGAUAAUAUUUACAAUAAUUUGUAUGUGUUGUACUUCUUUGCUAUAUUCCUCAUUGUCAGCUGUCAUCCUCCAGAGUUUUUCUUGAUAUUCUUUUAGAAAUUAGAUCAUAAACGAGUGUAGUUCUCAUCUUUAAUGAUAAAAACGGUGUUGAUUAUGAGCUUAUAUUUACUUAUUUUUCCAUUCAAAUCAUUCCCUCUUGAUCUCAAAUUGAUUAUUAAGUAUCAGAAUGUGAUUCAAAACGCAAAAUAAAAUGUUCUCAGUAUUUAUUUCAUUAUAGUGCAUUAAUAUUUCAUUCAUUUCUAUAGCGUUAUCGGAGUACAUACUAUCUAUUAGUGAUGACGUCACAAAACAGCGCUCAGGCCUUUUACUAUAGGUGGUAUUGGUCUACACCACUGAUAACAGAUUGACUUUUUUUUUUUCAAAAUUCAUAAUUUUUAAAUUCGAUUUACUCUUAUUUCUAGGAUAUACUUUGAAAUAAAUUGAUAAUAUUUCGAAAAUAGAAACUUCAAGCUUUGAAAUAAAGCUAAUAUUAUAAUUAUUCAUCUGAUAUUUCAGUUGAAAUGUUUAGCUGAGAUUUGUCAAUUUUCAUGCGAAAAGGUUCACUUUUCGCUCGGUGGUAAUUUGAUCUCGAAAUGGCUAAUGUAUUGGCCAAUAUCUACGACCUUGUUUUUCCAAGUCCGCCAGCUCUGAGAGAUAUUGCAUCCAUCGCAGUUGCAGCGAAAUUAUUUCGUAAAACAAUCAAUGAAAAUGCUUCAACUUCAAGUGACGCUUCGGAAGCGAUUUCAGUACGUUGCGAACUCCCUAACCUACCAGCUACCCUUCUUCCCAUCGUCCAAAGAUAUUUUGAUAACAUUCAAUAUUCAUGGUAUAAUGGACCCCUCGACGGCACGGAGGAUGUUAAUUUUGAUGGAAUAUUUUGCGAUUUUAAUGGAAAUAUAAAUUACGACAGAGUUGCGAAACAAGCCAUAUUCUGCGAAGAAAUCAGCGAUGUGCAGAAGUUCAAGAUAGCUUGUAGAUAUUGCCUCGAGGAUCAUAUAAUACAAAUUUGGCCAUCAGUCUCAGAACACUUCAACCUGAGUGAUAUUGUUUUUCGCGAUGAUCCUCUACUGUAUUACUGGAUUUGCCGUUUAAGAAAUCAGCUGCAUAAAGUCCCCCUCGACUAUGGUUACGCUGCUAUCGAUGGAAAUGAACUAGAAUGUCUUAAUUUUUACAAUUGGCCACCCGUAGAGUACUUUUGGAACCGUUUGAAAGUUGGAAAUCGAAUACCAAGUGCAGUAUAUUUACUCAGAUGGAACGGGCAUUUAUUCUGCAGGUAUAUACUUGCCACAUUGAGCGAGGAAGAAUUGAAAACAUUGAUAACAUUAACGACUGAAAGUGGUGAUAGUUUCAUGUGUACUUUAUUGAAUAGUUCAUUUGAUCCUGAUUAUUCUUGGGAUAAUAUUCGAAGCCUGAGCAUUUUAGCAGGAUGGGAAUAUGUUAAACAUAAAGUAAGCCAUACAGAUUUCAUUUGCGCAGUACGGGAGAUUAUUAAAAAACAGACUGAAGGCUCCGGUGGCAUUUGGACGGAUCAGAAUUUUUCUCGCGACUUUUGGAACACUUCUGCAGAUCAUUUAAAACAGAUUGCUAUACAAGAUGUUUUACUUGACCAAUCUUUAUUUAUAAGAAGGAAUGUCGAAAAUAGGACCAUUGAUAGAGAUAAUUGGCUCAUAUGGUGUGUGCUGAAAGAUGCACCAUUGGAAGCCAGAAGUACUUUUUGGUACAAAAAUUGGCGUAUAAUAUUGCCCGGUACGAGUACAGAAGAUUUGCAACGAUUUAUCACCUUAUGCUGCCAGAACGAAACGGAAAUGCUUCUGUUUAGAAAAAAUAAUUUAUCCAAGUACGAAAACAUAAGUCAAAUAUGUUUGCAAUACCUGAAAACGUACGAGUUCGAAAAAUUGAACGAAUAUUGCAACUUUUGCUACUUCGAAAUAGAAAAGCAAAUUGUUUUCGCUUCGCAGCUCAAGUUAUUAACUGAUUAUGUAAAUUUUCUCCAUAACACUGAUCGUGUGGACUAUUUCGGAACGAUCGACCUCAUCAAAAAUAUUGAUUCGCUGAGUACAUUUAUCGAGAAUACUUGUAACGAUGUCGACCUCGCCGCUGAUUUUAAAAAUCAGAUCUUGUUGGCACCUCGAACGAUGUUACUUCUGGCUAGAUGUGUCGCUACGAAUAAAAUUAAGGAAGCGAUGCAAUUUGUCGACUUAUUUGCGAAGUCUGAGCAAGCGGCGAUCAAUUUUAAACUUCAUAUUAUGCCUUCUCUGGUAAAUGUCCUGUCAACUGGAGCUAAACUUUACUUUACAUUUGAUACGGACAGCUUUGCAAGUUUCGUGCGAUGGUGUCUAGUAAGUGACGACAAAAUCUCAGAAUUUAAACGAACUGUCACUAUUGAUGAAAUCGUUCGAAAUAUAACACAAUGCGAAGAGCAACGUGUUUUUGAUGAGGGUGAUGGGUCUGUUGGACCAGAACAUUUGAUCCGGUUGUACUCUGAUCUCGCUAAAUUUUUAGAAUGGUUGUUUUCCUCGCCUGAGAAAAUCGCGGAGGUCAAAAAAAAGUUUGAUAGGUUCGAACAGUACGCUUCGAAGUGAAAGUGGUUUUGCAUUUUCAUUUUAUUUUUAUAUCUGUUUUUCUAUAUUAACAUAAGUAUGUAUUUUAUGAAGAAAUUAUUGUUCGUUUUUUUUUGUUACUUUUCUGAGUAAAUUUUCAUUGAUAAUUAAAAUAAUUUAUUAUAAAUUA